AUGUCAGCUGACUCCAUGGAGAUUGAUGACUCCCUGUACAGUCGUCAGAGGUAUGUCCUGGGGGACAGUGCUAUGCAGCAGAUGGCUCAGUCUUCUGUCUUCCUCAGUGGAAUGGGAGGACUGGGAGUGGAGAUCGCAAAGAACAUCGUGUUGGCAGGUGUGAAGGUGUUGACGCUGCAUGACACUAAGCAGUGUGAGACGUGGGACUUGGGCUCCAACUUCUUCCUCAGACAGGACGAUGUGCUGACUCAGAGGAACAGGGCUGUGGCGGUCCAUCCCAGGGUAGCGGAGUUAAACCCUUAUGUCCAUGUGGACACGUCCUCCUCCUCUCUCGACCUCUCCACUGACCUCUGCUUCCUCAAGAGGUACCAGUGUGUGAUCCUGACUGAGGCCAGGCUGAGUCUCCAGAAGAAAAUCAAUGACUUCUGUCACUUCCAUCAGCCUCCAAUCAGGUUCAUUGGAUGUGACGCGUAUGGGAUCUGUGUGAGAGUGUUCUGUGACUUCGGGGACCAGUUUGAGGUGUCGGACCCCACUGGAGAGGAAGCCAAGGAGAUGUUUAUCCAGAACAUCACACAGGGUAACCCAGGGGUGGUAACCUGUAUGGACAGCAGGACCCACGGCCUCCAGACUGGACAGAGUGUUCUCUUCAGAGAGGUCAACGGCAUGGACACACUCAACGGCACCGCGCGACAGGUCACAGUCCUCUCUCCCUACAGUUUCGCCGUAGGGGACACGUCGUGUCUGCGGCCCUAUGCACACGGAGGCUUCUUCCUGCUGGUCAAAACCCCCAGAACGUACAGCUUCGAGACGAUGGAGCAGCAGCUGUCUGAGCCUCAGGUCCUGACUCCCGACUUCAGCAAACCAGAGGCCCCGCUGCAGAUCCACGCCGCCAUGCUGGCUCUUGAUGCCUUCCAGGAGCAACACAACAGACUGCCCAAUAUUGGGUGCUGUCAGGAUGCGGAGGUUCUGGUCAAACUAACAGAGGAAGUCAACCACACCUUGACAAACAGAGCUCCAGUGAAUAGUGAGUUGGUGCGUUGUCUCUCCAGAACGGCGCAGGGUUCUCUCCCUCCAUUGGCUGCGGCGGUGGGGGGCAUUGCCAGUCAGGAGGUCCUCAAGGCCCUCACAGGGAAGUUUGCCCCACUACAGCAAUGGUUCUAUCUAGAUGCCAUAGAGGUAGUGAAACCACUACUGUCUCUAUCAGCAGAGGAGUUUAGCCCCAGGGGUGAUCGGUACGACGGACUGAGGGCCUGCAUCGGGGAGACCAUGUGUCUGGAACUCCACAAGCUGAGAGUCUUUAUGGUGGGCUGUGGAGCCAUUGGCUGUGAGAUGCUCAAGAACUUUGCCCUGCUGGGAGUGGGAUUGGCCAAGAGCUCAGGAGAGGUGUGUGUGACGGACCCAGACCUGAUAGAGAAGUCCAACCUCAACAGACAGUUCCUCUUCAGAUCUCAGCACAUACAGAAACCUAAGAGCACCACAGCAGCCGUAGCGACCUUGGAGAUCAACCCAGAGAUGCAGGUAGACGCUCACCUCAACAAGGUGUGUCCUGCCACCGGGGUCUACAACGACCUGUUCUACUCCCGCCUACACCUGGUUGUCACGGCGCUGGACAAUGUGGAGGCUCGCAGAUACGUCGACAGCCGCAGUGUAUCCAAUCAGAAGGCUCUUCUGGAUUCCGGUACCAUGGGAACCAAAGGACACACGGAGAUCAUCGUGCCCAACCUGACCGAGUCUUACAACAGCCAUAGGGACCCACCAGAAGAGGAGAUUCCGUUCUGCACCCUCAAAUCUUUCCCUGCUGUCAUAGAACACACCAUCCAAUGGGCACGGGACAAGUUUGAGAGUGCGUUUGCCCACAAGCCCACCAUCUAUAAUAUGUUUUGGCAGACCCACUCCUCAGCAGAAGCCGUGCUACAGAGGAUGCAACAGAGGGAGACUCUGGAGGGGGCGUUCCAGGUCGUCAAGCUGCUGAGUCGACGGCCCAGCCAAUGGGAACACUGUAUCAUCCUGGCACGCCUCAAAUUCGACAAGUACUUCAAGAGAAAGGCUCUACAGCUGCUACACUCCUUUCCUCUGGACACUCGGUUAAAGGAUGGCAGUUUAUUCUGGCAGUCACCUAAACGACCCCCGUCUCCCAUAGAGUUUGACCUGAAGGACACACUGCACUUCAGUUUUGUCGUGAGCGCAGCUCGGCUUUAUGCUGAAAUCUACAACAUCCCCUACUCAGAGAAGGAUCUGUCACAGGAAGCAGUGUCCAGGAUGUUGUCAGAGAUUACCGUCCCAGAGUACAGGCCAGCAGAGAAGCGUAUUGAGACAGAUGAGAAUGUGAAGAAGCCUGAUCAGAUGAAGCUGUCCGUAAGCAGCGAGGAGGAGAGAGAGGCCAUCGCCCAGUUAGAGGAGGCUAUCACUGCAGACCACGUUACACCAGAGAGGUUACGGAUGUCUCCCCGGCUGUUCGAGAAGGACGAUGACCUCAACGGCCACAUGGACUUCGUGGCGUCGGCCUCCUCACUCAGGGCCAGGAUGUACUCCAUCGAGGUGGCCGACCGCCUCAAGACCAAACGCAUCGCCGGGAAGAUCAUCCCCGCCAUCGCCACAGCUACCGCCGCCGUCGCCGGGCUGGUGUCGUUGGAGCUGGUGAAGGUGGUGGGAGGAUACGGGUUUGAGUCGUUCAACAACUGUUUCUUCAACCUGGCCAUUCCUGUCAUGGUCCUCACCGAGGCUGCACCUGUCAAGAGAACACAGAUCAGGGAAGACAUCUUCUUUCUCUAUCUGGGACCGCUGGACUGUGUGGGGUCACCAACACUUCUCCCUCUCGGACUUCAUCAGCGCAGUGUUGGUGCAUUAUGGGAUAGAACCUACCAUGGUUGUCCAUGGAGUGAAGAUGCUCUAUGUUCCUGUGAUGCCAGGACACAACAAGAGACUGAAACUAACGAUGCAGAAGUUGAUCAAACCGUCUGUAGACCGUCGCUAUGUUGACCUGACCGUGUCCUUCGCUCCAGAGUCAGAUGGUGAUGAGGACCUUCCUGGACCCCCCGUUAGGUACUACUUCAGCCCCGACGGAGAAGCUCACACCGCCUGACACGCCCGGACCAUAACAUCCCUGACGCCCCACCAAAUAUAACCACCCCUCAGUCCCCUCAAACUAACCCUCUGUACCUGCAAAACCCUAGUUGACAACAGUGGUGCUUCUUGAACAGAGGUGGAUUCUAGAACAGGGGUGGAUUCUAGAACAGGGGUGGAUUCUAGAACAGGGGUGGAUUCUAGAACAGGGGUGGAUUCUAGAACAGGGGUGGAUUCUAGAAUAUAUGUUGAUUCUAGAAUAUAUGUUGAUUCUAGAAUAUAUGUUGAUUCUAGAAUAUAUGUUGAUUCUAGAAUAUAUGUUGAUUCUAGAAUAUAUGUUGAUUCUAGAAUAUAUGUUGAUUCUAGAAUAUAUGUUGAUUCUAGGACAGAUGGUGAUUCUAGAAUAUAUGUUGAUUCUAGAACAGGGGUGGAUUCUAGAAUAUAUGUUGAUUCUAGAAUAUAUGUUGAUUCUAGAAUAUAUGUUGAUUCUAGGACAGAUGUUGAUUCUAGGACAGAUGGUGAUUCUAGGACAGAUGGUGAUUCUAGGACAGAUGGUGAUUCUAGAACAGAUGUUGAUUCUAGAACAGGUGGUGAUUCUAGAACAGAUGGUGAUUCUAGAACAGAUGGUGAUUCUAGAACAGAUGGUGAUUCUAGAACAGAUGGUGAUUCUAGAACAGAUGGUGAUUCUAGAACAGAUGGUGAUUCUAGAACAGGGCUGGCCCCAUGUACCAUUAUUAGAGGUAGAACGAGGGCUGUAGAUGGAUAUAACCUGGUCUGAUGAGUUCUCUUUCUACCUCUAUGAGAAGAGGGAACCACUUGGCUGUGUACAUAGUAGUCCCUCUUUGUUUUCUACUCUGGUUUAAAGCACAGCUCUGACUGGUGUUUUCUACUCUGGUUUAAAACACAGCUCUGACUGGUGUUUUCUACUCUGGUUUAAAGCACAGCUCUGACUGGUGUUUUCUACUCUGGUUUAAAGCACCGUUCCGACUGGUGUUUUCUACUCUGGUUUAAAGCACAGCUCUGACUGGUGUUUUCUACUCUGGUUUAAAGCGCAGCUCUGACUGGUGUUUUCUACUCUGGUUUAAAGCACAGCUCUGACUGGUGUUUUCUACUCUGGUUUAAAGCACAGCUCUGACUGGUGUUUUCUACUCUGGUUUAAAACACAGCUCUGACUGGUGUUUUCUACUCUGGUUUAAAACACAGCUCUGACUGGUGUUUUUCUACUCUGGUUUAAACACAGCUCUGACUGGUGUUUUCUACUCUGGUUUAAAGCACCGUUCCGACUGGUGUUUUCUACUCUGGUUAAAGCACAGCUCUGACUGGUGUUUUCUACUCUGGUUUAAAGCACAGCUCUGACUGGUGUUUUCUACUCUGGUUUAAAGCACAGCUCUGACUGGUGUUUUCUACUCUGGUUUAAAGUACAGCUCUGACUGGUGUUUUCUACUCUGGUUUAAAACACAGCUCUGACUGGUGUUUUCUACUCUGGUUUAAAGCACAGCUCUGACUGGUGUUUUCUACUCUGGUUUAAAGCACAGCUCUGACUGGUGUUUUCUACUCUGGUUUAAAUCACAGCUCUGACUGGUGUUUUCUACUCUGGUUUAAAACACAGCUCUGACUGGUGUUUUCUACUCUGGUUUCAAACACAGCUCUGACUGGUGUUUUCUACUCUGGUUUAAAGCACAGCUCUGACUGGUGUUUUCUACUCUGGUUUAAAGCACAGCUCUGACUGGUGUUUUCUACUCUGGUUUAAAUCACAGCUCUGACUGGUGUUUUCUACUCUGGUUUAAAGUACAGCUCAGACUGGUGUUUUCUACUCUGGUUUAAAGCACAGCUCUGACUGGUGUUUUCUACUCUGGUUUAAAGCACAGCUCUGACUGGUGUUUUCUACUCUGGUUUAAAGUACAGCUCAGACUGGUGUUUUCUACUCUGGUUUGAAACACAGCUCAGACUGCUAUGCACAUACCUUAACUAACAACCUUGUGUGUUUGUCACGACGAUGAUGAUGCUAAGAAUAAAAACGACCGUGUUUACACACCCAUACAUA